UCCACCUAGUCUCCUUCCUCUCUCUUUCCCUCUGAAAACUCUCUUUCGGUGCUUGAGAUUUUAAUCGGCGAUUCUUUCUACAGUUCCACGGGAAUCCCUCGUCUUCUUCCUCUCAAUCCGUGUCUCCUUCGCUGAAUAUAACGGUUCAGGUUUUCAAGAUUUAGGGUUGGUUUUGCUUUGAUAGAGCUCGGACACGAUGAAUACAAUGGAGGACGAUGUGGCGUAUUCAGGGCUCGGCAAUGGCGGUGGUGGUGCUAGGAUGGAUGCCAAAGUGGUGCAGACAUUUCAGAAGAGCUUUGUGCAGGUCCAGGAUAUAUUGGACCAGAACAGGUUGCUUAUAAACGAGAUAAACCAGAACCAGGAGUCCAGGAUGCCUGACAACUUGACCAGAAAUGUUGGGCUGAUCAGGGAGCUCAACAGAAACAUAAGGAGAGUGGUUGAUCUCUACGCUGAUCUUUCAAGCUCUAUCAUUGAAUCCGUGGCUGGUGCUGGUGCUGGUUCCUGUGAGGGGGACUCGACUGCUGCUAUGAGAUGAGCUGGUCAUAAAAGAAACAGGUCUGCUUGAUAUUUAAAUAUGUUGUUGUUAUUACUAAUUUUUUUCAUGGUGGGAAUGAAGAAAAGUUUCUCGGCAAA